AUGCAACCAGGAGAGCAAGCCAUCGACGAUAUCAUCAACCCAAAGGAUGCGACAGCCCGUGCAUGGACUUUCCUAUUUGGGUUAGCUCGGCCUAUCAACGCCCGUCUCAAGUCAAUCCAUGUCUAUCCGCGUCAAUCCACAUCAACCCCCUGUUUUAACUUCACAAAUCCGGAGGAUCUCUCUCGUGUGGGGUGCCUGGCCCAUGCAUCCGAUAAGGUGCCUGGAAUGGCAUGUCCACCCGAAGCACUUAUCGCAAUUUCCAUAGCUGAGCUUGGGUUUAAGAACUAG